AUGGCGGUCAAAGUGUUUAUAACAGGAGUUACAGGAUACAUCGGUGGCGAUGCCCUCUAUGCACUGAGCAAGAAAUACCCCGAAUGGGAAUACUGUGCCAUAAUCAGGACGCAGGAGAAGGCGAACCGAGUUCAACAGCAGUAUCCCAAACUUCGCAUCGUCCUGGGUGAUCUGGAUGAUUCGGCCGUGCUUCGUGAAGAGAGUGCAAAGGCAGAUAUCGUCCUGCAUACUGCAGACGCAUCGGAUCACGAAGGUGCGGCAAGAGCCAUUGCUGCCGGCCUCGCCGAGGGCCAUGCGCCAUCUAAGCCUGGAUUCUGGCUGCACACGGGCGGUACUGGGAUAUUGACUUAUGAAGACUCCAAGAAUAAUCGCUUGGGAGAGUGGUCGACCAAGGAGUACAACGAUCUCAGUGGAGUGGACGAGCUGACACACCUGCCCGAUGAGGCAUUCCAUCGUAAUGUCGACAAGAUCGUUCUCGAGGCUGGAACCAAUCUUGGUAACCUCACGAAGCGUGCGAUCGUCAUUGGUGAUGGUCGAGGUCCUAUCUCCGGACGGUCUCGCCAGGUCUACGAACUGAGCAAGCUCAUACUGCAAAAGGGCUACACUCCCAUCGUGGGCGCAGGAAAGGCACGGUGGAACCACGUCCACGUCUACGACCUAGCCGCUGCUUUUGUCCUCCUGGCUGAAGCGGCAGUGGCUAAGAACCUAUCUGACGACAUCUGGGGCGCCAAGGGCUACCAUCUUUGCGAGAACGGCGAGCAUGUCUGGGCUGACCUGGCCAGGAAGAUCUCGGCCAUCGCGGCGGACAAAGGUUACAUUCCCACCAACCCCAUCGAGAAGCAGCUUAGUAGAGACGAGGCUCUGGGGGUAGCCGGCUUCGAAGCCGUCAGCUGGGGCUUGAAUUCACGGGGAAAGGCGGAGCGAUUGAGAAAGUUUCUGGCCUGGACGCCGAAGGAGAGGAGCAUUGAGGAGGAAGCUGUAAGUAUUCUUGAGGCAGAGAGAUCAAGGUUGCAGGGCAAGACGCUGUCAACUUGA